GUGGGGCGGGGGGCAAAGGGGUGUGGGGCCCACCUGGAGAAGUGUACGACCUGGAGGAGGUCGACGUCAAAGACCCCAACUAUGACGAAGCUCAGGAGAACUGUGUGUAUGAGACGGUGGUUCCUCCGCUGGAGGAGGGGGCCUUUGAGAAGACGCUCACUCCCAUCGUACAGGAGUACUUUGAACACGGCGACACCAAUGAAGUAGCGGAGCUCCUGGGUGAACUCAACCUGGGCUCCAUGUCUAGUGGGGUGCCCAUGCUGGCUGUGAGCCUGGCCCUGGAGGCAAAGGCCAGCCACAGAGAGCUGACGUCCAGGCUGUUGACGGACCUGUGUGGCCGCGUGCUGAGCCGUAGCGACGUGGAGAGCUCAUUUGACAAGUUACUAAGGGAGCUGCCUGACCUGGUGUUGGACACACCUGGAGCCCCUCAGCUCGUCGGCCAAUUCAUUGCCCGGGCUGUCAAAGAUAAGAUCCUCUCCAAGAGCUACUUAGACGGCUACAAGGGGAGAGUCGACUGUGUCCAUGCAAGGGCGGCCUUGGACCGGGCGGCGGUGCUGUUGAAGAUGGGUCUGGGCGGCCUGCGCAUCGACAACCUCUGGGGAACAGGCGGGGGUCAGAGACCUGUCACCCAGCUCGUCAGAGAGAUGACCCUGUUGCUGAAGGAGUAUCUUCUGUCUGGAGACAACAAGGAAGCAGAGAGGUGUCUGGGAGAACUGGAGGUGCCACACUUCCACCAUGAGUUUGUCUAUGAGGCCAUAGUCAUGGUCCUAGAAUCCAAAGGGGAGAGAACGUUCAAAAUGGUUCUGCAGCUGCUGAAGUUUCUGUGGGUGUCCUCCAUCAUCACUGUGGACCAAAUGAGAAGGGGAUAUGAAAGAGUUUACAUGGACAUAGCUGAAAUCAACAUCGACGUCCCUCGUGCGUACUUCAUCUUGGAGCAGUUUGUCGACAAGAGUUUCAGUGCUGGCUUCAUCUGUGAAAAGCUGAGGGAUCUUUGUCCUAGUCGGGGCCGGAAGAGAUUUGUGAGCGAGGGGGACGGCGGUCGCUUCAAAUUGGAAAGCUACUGAGAAGCCAUUUUGUGCCAGAGAUGUUCCGCUAAACUGAAGCUACUUUUUUACUAUGAUCCAUAUGUCAGUUAUCGUUUUCCUUAACAGUGAAAGAAUGUACAUUUAUAAAAUAAUGCGUAAAAUCGCACUUUGUUCUUUAGUUGAAGAAAAGUUAGACGAUACACCCAUUUAAGGUGUUUGAGUAUACAUGUAUAAGCUGAAAACCCAGAAAGUGCCACACCUCAACGAGUCAUUCCAUGUUGUUUUUAUAUUUUCUCUUUAUUUCACUGCCACUCCUUUCUUGUUCUAGAUGAAAGUGUUUGUACAAGAAUUAAACUGGUUUGUGUAUAAAGCUUUUUAAUGAAAAGGGGGGACAGAUCGUUGGUUCGAAGCAACACCUUCACUCACCAGCUGCUGUCUGUUUCUAGCCUGGUUUCAAUAUCUGUUUGUGCUGUUUUACACAACUAUCAUAGGAAUUUGGGCAAGAUGGCACAAAACAGAUCUGGGUACCAGACUAGUCUAUUUCUAUGCUGUGCUUGACUUUUUUUUUUUUAAUUACUCAAGGCAAUUAAUAAAAAAAUAAAGUUAAGAUAUUGGGAACUAGUUUGAUCAUUUCACAACAAAAUGGUGUCCAGAAUGUUUAUUUUUAUAUUUGGGGAACACUGUUGUGAAAUGUAGCAAGUCUUAAUUGCUCCCUGAUUGUCAAAAGUUCAAUAAAUUGCAAUACAAAAUGUU